GUAUAUAUACAAUUGUCUUCUAUUUCAAAAAAAAUAAUUUAAAAAAAAAAAAAAAAAAAAUUGUCUUCUAUUUCAAUUUCAACGAUGAUAGUAAAAUAUGAUAAAGCAAUGCAUCCGAGGCUCCGGACCAUCCGUUUUCUAUAAGUAGUAAGAUGAAUUUAUUUUCUAUUUUAAAUAUUAGUUAUUCAGAAAAUUUGAAGACCAAUCAAAAACAAAAGAUUAAACAAAAUCAUGGUUACUUAUUAUGUGGUGAUAACAAUAACAUAAGGACGACCCAAGACAACUUCUUAUGAUUAUAAAAAAAAAGAAAAAAAAAAUCUUAUGAUCAGAAAAUGAUAAUUUGAUAAGCUCGUUUAUAAUAAAGCUUGACAAUUCUGAUUAACUUUCGUUGGUGGCUAAGUCCACUACAAACUUCAUUUGUCUUAUCUUUUCUUCUCCUUUCUCUCCACCAUUUGUCUUAUCUUUUCCUCUCCUUACUCUCCAUCAAUGGCUUCUCUUAUCUCUUUUUCUUUGCUCCCAAAACCAAAAGCCGUAAGAAGUUCAAUUUCAGCUCCUCAGACACAGACAAUAAAUACUGAAAAGCUUGAAGAUAAAUUCGGACGAAAAGGCAUAAAAUUCUCGGAAUCAAACAACAUUCCUAUGGUAGAGCUUAAGGUCAGAAAUGGAAGUUCAUUAAAACUGAGUCUAUCAGAUGCUCAUGUACUUUCAUAUAAGCCAAAGGUAUACUGGAAAGACGAGGGAUUCGAGGAAGUCCUUUACACAGUUGAUGGUGAUGAGAGCAGAGGUGGGGUUGGUGUUGUUAUCGUAAACGGGGAAGAACCUAAAGGAGGGUCUUCAGUAAUCUCAGGAUGUGAUUGGAGUGUCAAGGAUACUGAUUCAGACGCCAUUGAUGCUCUUCAGAUCGAACUUAGCUGUACGGCCGGGGUUCUCGACAUAACGUAUAUCGUCUCUCUCUACCCAGUAAGCAUGGCUACAGCUCUGGUGGUGAAGAACAAUGGUCGCAAACCAGUUACCCUUAAACCGGGGAUUAUGAGUUACUUGAGGUUCAAGAAACGGAGUGGGGCAGGAAUUCAAGGACUAAAGGGAUGCUCUUAUUGUCCCAACCCGCCUUUGUCAUCGCCUUUUGAGCUCUUGUCUCCUUCUGAGGCAAUGAAGGCGGAAUCUUCGGGGUGGUUCGGGUCGGAAGAAGGGGAAAAGCCGGGGAUUUGGGCAGUAGAAGAUUCUGUUAUUACACUUCUUGAGAAAAAGAUGAGUAGAAUAUAUGGUGCUCCUCCGGCUGAGAGAUUAAAGGCAGUCUAUAACACUCCACCUUCCAAAUUUGAAACUAUAGAUCAGAAAAAAAAAAAAGUUUUGGAUGCAAAAAACAAAAUAAAAAUACCAAAAGGAAUUUCCAACUCAUUUAGGGAGAGGAUUGUUUUUCAGGAUGAUAAGGAUUGGGUUCGAAGAGAUGUAUGUGGGAUCCCCAGGAUCGAUGUGGGACAAGUAUGGGAAGCAACAUUACUUCGUGUGCACAGGUCCAACGUCAAUGCUCGUUCCUGUCGAUGUAGCCUCCGGAGAGACAUGGAGAGGAGCAAUGGUAAUCGAGCAUGAUAAUUUGUAAAUUUCAUUUACUAUAGUUCUGUCUUCUUCAUUUUUUCCCUCUCUAUUUUUGUUGCCAUUUUUUCUUCUAUAUAUUCAAAACAUGUUAAUGACUAUACUAAAUCAAUAUACAAUAAUGAACUUAGUAAAUCAAAGUUGAUGUAAAAC